AUGGCAAUGACAGAACAACUCGAGAAAGUAUGCCUUCAACUUGAUGAUCUGGCAUUACAAUAUCUUUCCAAACUGGAGGAGUAUGGUCGAGAGUGGGAGACCUGCAGCAGUGACUUCCAACAGGGAUACUUGGAUCUUGCUCAAGCCAAAUACACAAUGGGAUUCACAACCAUCUCACAGUCUUCUUAUGACGAACGAAUGAAGGCCUUACUACGAAUGCAUAUUGAAAACAACACCUUUAGUAUAUCGAAACCUCCAGAACACCCGGUAGAAUCCGAGACUAAUUUGAGACGCAGAACAGCACCAACCACAAGUACCAGUACCAGUGCAAGUACAAGUACUAGCUCGAGCGCCAGUUCCAGUUCCAGCUCCAAUAUCAAUAUCAAUAAUACCAAUACUAACAAUUCUUUCUCGACAAAAAAGAAGGACUCUGAAUGGAUCGAAAUCGAGAGAGAACUUGAAUUACCAGAAGAAUAUGAAAUGAAUGAAAAGAAACCAGAAAAGCCAAAGAAGCCAAACAACGAUCCUUUGCGAUGGUUUGGAUAUCUUGUAUCGCCUUCUCUUAGAACUAGUCAGAAGCAUUUUAAAACAGCUACAAUGCGAAUAAUUGAACAAGCUAAUCGGAUGAAGGAACUUAAAUGCUUGGAAGAAGAAUAUAACGCAUUGCAAAAGAAGAAGAUAUUGCUUUUGGAUCAAUCAAUACCUUGA